CCCAUAUGAAACACCGAAACUAACGAACUGAACAAAAUACAUCCUCUCCUGGUUUCAAUUCAAUUGUACACAAACACAGAGAGGCUCAUCUGAUCUGACUUCCAAAAUGGCUACGGCGUCUUCCGUGUUGCCGUCCACCUCUUCUUCACCCCCUGAAGAAACUCUCCACAAACCUCAGGGUCCCGCAGUCUCCGGGCUUCCAAAUUUGCCAAAUGGUAAUGGUGAUCUUCAGUAUUUACCAAUCAUGUAUCCGGUGCUUGUUCCUGGGUUGCAAGAUCAGGAACAGAUGAACCGUGGAUCGGGCCUUUAUGCUGUUCCCGUUCACCCAUUUACGGGGCCAGUUACUGGAUUUUCAUCUAAUACUCUGAUUCCGCUGACCUACAAUGUCCCCACAACUAGAGCAACCCCAGAUGUCGGCACUGGUGGGGAGCAGCAUGGCCAAGAAGGACAGCAACAACCACAACAACAGCGUCAACAGCAACACCCUGGAGCUCAGAGACGAGUUAUUGUAAGGAGAUUUCAAAUUCAGUUUCGGCUGGAUCCGGUUCUGAUUUUGAAGCUGAUAGCUUUACUGCUUUUGUUCAAUCAAGAUGGAUCUAGACAAAAGAUGGUCAUACUUGUGAUUUGCGCCACAAUUGUCUAUUUAUAUAAAACUGGCUCGCUCACACCAUUAAUAGAAUGGCUCUCUCGAGCCAUGGAUAGGGCAGCUGUGCCUCCCCAACCACCAAGACCUGCAGCAAGGGCUGAAAAUGUUCCUCCUGCUGCAAGACAGGGGAAUGAUAAUGCUGCUUUGCCAGAUGGACAACCAGGAGUCGAGAAUGAAAAUCGGCCUGCAGAUGCAAAUGAGAAUGCACCAGAACCGGGAGCCAAUGGCGGUAACCGCUGGUGGGGAAUUGUCAAGGAGAUUCAGAUGAUUGUUUUUGGCUUCAUCACUUCUCUCCUCCCAGGUUUUCAUGAUAUAGAAUAGAUCAUACCCAGGGAAAGUAGCAGGCCUUUUUACCAAAGGGAGAAGUGUGCCCUUUUUUCUUUAUACACCACCUCUUCCUCUUGGUUUUUAUUAAAACCAAAGAGAUGCAAGUUAUAGCCCCAAUUUAGCUUAUCAUUUACCUUGGGAGGAAUCAAUGUAUGUAUGAGUACUGCAACACCAUCAACUUAAAACAUGUUAUGUAUGUUUUGAAAUGCUUGUGC